AUGAGUAAAUUCCGUCUUGAUGGCAAAAUAGUCGCAAUUACUGGAGGUGCCCGUGGCCUGGGUUUUGAGAUGCUCCGAGCCUUCUGCGAGGCCGGUGCCGCUGGUGCCGCUAUUCUCGACGUCCUCCAAGAGCAUGGCGAGGAAGCUAUCAAGGAGCUCAACACUGACUUUGGUAUCCCUGCUUCGUUUUACCGUGUCGACGUGCGCGACCAUGUUGCUGUGGAAGAAGCUAUCAACGGUAUCGUGCGUGAUUUUGGCGCAAUUGACGUGCUUUUAUGUUCCGCUGGUGUCGCGGACAACCUACCAGCUGAAUCAUAUCCUGCCGACCUAUUCUUCGCAUCCCAAGCGGCUGGAAAGCACAUGAUUGCUUCUGGGAAAGGCGGCUCAAUUAUCAAUGUUGCCUCUAUGUCUGGACAUAUCGUGAAUUAUCCACAACCACAGUGUGCAUACAAUGCUUCGAAAGCCGCUGUCAUCCACUUAUCCAAAUCCCUGGCUGCCGAAUGGGCCCCACACAAGGUUCGCGUCAACACGAUAAGUCCUGGAUAUAUGAAUACCGUUCUCAAUGAGAAGUUCGACCCUCUCUUGAAGAAAGCUUGGUACGAAAGAACGCCUUCCGGACGGAUGGGCCAUGUUACCGAGUUAAACGGAGCUGCCCUAUAUCUUGCGUCGGACGCGAGUGCUUUCUGUACCGGGUCUGACAUCAUAAUUGAUGGUGGAUACACUGCUUGGUAACGCCAGUAUACCGUAUCUCCUAGCCAGGUCAUACGGGGUCGCAAGGCAGAUAUGUUGCCUUGCCCUGUUUUUUUUUUUCUUCUCACUUCCAUUACUCUGAGGAUAGAUAGAUUUGAGAUGGUGACACACUACGUUAGAUUCUCUUUUCCCCCUUCCCUUGCAAGCCAGUUGUUCACAAUACCAGUCUCCC